AUGGCGGAAGGAGGCGAGGCAGAAUGCAACUGCAUGGGAAUCGACGUCGCGAGCUUGAUAUGGAUUCCAGACAAUGCCGAGUGUGACGAGCAUGGAGAUCCAGGGGAUAGUUCGCGGUGGAACCUGCAACUCGAUGGGGGGGAAUGCUGGCUGAUCAUCAAAAACGUGAGAAUGAGCGACAGGGGCAUGAUUAUACUGCAACCGGAGGGACGCCAAGUGAAGCUGUUCAUCGAACCGGUGUGCACAGCGCUCCACAUACAGAGUGCGACAGACAACACGACGGACGAAGUACGCCUGACGUGCCGCAGCGGCGGAAAAGUGGCGCCGGAGGAAGGGAUUGAGUGGACGUAUCAGGGACAGAGACAGGCUUCCGAGGGCAGCACCGUGGUGACGAGUCUGCAGCGCCAAGGAUUGUGGAGCUGCACGUACGAAGGGCAGACCGCGGGGUUCUGCCUCGUCGAAUCCAGGAUCUCGGAGAUCAAGGAAGCGGAGUGCGAGAGCAAGGAGCUGACUGCGCUGACGCCCCAGGCCACCCAAGCGAGCGACCACCUAUCGCCGCCCAUCAUCGAGAUCGCCCUCGCCGCCGCGGGGUGCAUUCUGGUGGUCGUCGCGGUGCUGGCCGCCGUGUAUUUCUACAGAGAGAGCAAGAAGGCACUCAUCUCACCUUACGUGUCAGAACCUGCCGAUAGCCUGAGACAGUCUCGAAUGACCUGCCAUCCCGACUACAGCUACAACAACGCCACAGGGGACUGUGGCCACUCCGUGGAGAUGCCCUACGUCCCGAUGACCAAACAACGGACAAGUCAGAUAGACGGGGAAACGGAGGAGCAUUACGACUACGAGAACGUGAGCGACACCUUGAAUGUUCAGGAUGAAGGACCUGCACAGCCGUCAUCACUCCACCAGCAAAACCCUCUGUACCUCUGCAACGACACUCUGUACGGAGAUGUUGCAUGAGACUCGUGUAAAGGAGAUCAGGAUAUUUUUUUAAUACUGUACAUAUAUAAUCACGGUUCUUGAGCAGAGGCCCAAAUGCUCAAAACUCCAUGCAGGCAGCAACAAAAUGAACCGGAUAUUAUUGCAGUCGCUUCACAUUGAAAGUGUUAUUCGAACAGAAAUGUCUGGUUUACGAUUCAUAAUUUAAAAAAUUAGCGGGGAGGCCAGGUGACCAGAUUGGGGCGCCACGGUGGCGAGAUGUUAACUCCCUCGCCUGGUAUUCAGGAGGUCGUGAGUUCUAUUCCAACCUUGACGCCUGCUGUAUAUUUGGAGUUUGCAUAUUCAUUUCUUCUGAUGCUAUAUUGUAUUUUAGCUGGGGCAAUGAUUAACAUCACACGAGUUACUGUUCAAUUUUAAUCAUAUACGAACUCAGCUUUGUCUAUCCCGGUUAUCUCGGUGAAUCCUGGCAUGAAAUCUCCUGGUCAUAUAUUUUGUAGUCAAUCACAGGUAAUGUA